UUUUUCUAGGUGUCUUCAUUUUAUAGCUAAGCAUAUACAUUUGUUUAAUUAUUAUUUUUUAUCCUAGUCAAUUAUGUGAACCUGUUCUUGCAUUGCAAUUAAAAAACUUAUAUACUAAUUUAUUCCAGCAACCAUUACUCCAGUCUAAAGUGUCACAUGAUCCUUCAGAAACCAUUCUAUUUGGCUUUGGUCCUCAAUUAUGCUGGAUUCAGGUGCUCUCGGAAUUAUCGUAAAUAUGAGUUUCCUUGGGGAAAAAACUGCACAUGAACGCCCUCCCAUUUCGAAACUGCUCGUAAGCACGACUUCAGACGUGGGAAUGAUCAAAUUUCCGACAGCACGUGAAGGCAGCAUUAUUGCAAUAUGGAUUCCAGACAUUGCAACUGGAAUGGAGCAAAAAGUGACCAGAUUUCCACUAGGCCUAGACCCAUGUCGGACACCUUAUCCAAACUGGCUCAAUUCAUCACUUGCAUUGAGUACAAACCAAAACCACAGACGUCUUCCUCCAUCCGCAAAGACUGCGUCCAAGAAUUCUCCGAACUGAAUGCCCUUGUGCAUCAGCAGGAAAGAGAGAAAGUCCUACAAAAGCUCCAUUGCUGUCAACGCUGUGGCCAAAAGUUUGCUUUGCUCUCUAGUUUGCAGCUACACAAGUGCCCUGGUGUCACAUCUAUGUGCCAGACAUGCAGAGGGAAACCCGCAAUGAGUUCUUCGUGCCCUUCCUGCGGGACCGAACCUUCAGGCCCACGUCGCCCAGAAGAUCCCUUCUAUCCAGACAACAGCCCCUAUGCGUGCGCCCCAUGCGGGCAAGCCUUCGGCCACAAGCAAGAGCUGCUGUACCACCAGCAGGCCGGAGGCUGUCAGCCCGCAAAGACUCUCAAACCUCCUUCGCCUUCAUACGCCUCGUUGCCGCCAUCUCACCCAAGCGCCAGCGCGUCUCUCCCUUCAUGCACUUUGUGUUCCAGAACGUUCCGUUCUACUGCUGGACUUUCCUGCCACAUGCGCUUUUCCCACACACAUAUGGAUAGCAGCACGAAGGAAAAGAAAGCUUUCCUCUUUCCAUGCCGUUCCUGUGACAAAUCAUUUACCAAGACAUCACUGCUCCACCGGCACAGGAAAGAGGAACACCGGCGCGAAAUAAAGGUGAAGAAACCGCAGAGGAACUCUGUGAAAGCUACCAGGCAAAGGCGGAAAGGUGAGACGUAUCCAUGUCUCCACUGUGGAAAAGAGUUCCUGCACCAUCUGACACGCUGGGCGCAUUUCAAACACUACACCACUCACCAUCAAAUCCAUCUCGAAUUAAGUGCCAAAUCAGCUAGUGCUGACGCAGAUGGGUUCCACCCAAAGGCAGCUAAGAAGCUCAUACCUUCCCAAGAAAAUAGACCAAAGAGAGGUAGACCGAGGACCAAAAAUCUACCUGCUUUGACUGAAACCAAGCAAGAGGACGAAGCGAAAAGGGAUAAGCAGGAUGACAGCGAUGAAGACGAGGAUACAGAGUUUCCCUGUACGUCAUGCGAUCAGGUCUUUAGCUCCAAAGCUGCUCUGCGUGUGCAUGAGGAAGUCCACGAGGAAGUGCCUAAAGAAGUUCAUCAACCGGCCGACACGUGCAAGUGUUGUAGUGUGUGUUCAGGUGGGAUUCCCCUCUCUGAGAUUCCAGAAGAUUGUGAAAAGAAAGUCUAUCACUGUGUGCCAUGUGCCGAGGCCUUCGUAGCCCUGAACACUUUUCUAGAGCACUGCCAGAAACAUCUCAUACGUGAGAAUGAAGAUGAAUUCAGUGAUGACUGAAAGGGUUUCUUCAUUUAAAAAAAAAAGAAGAAAAAAAAAGGAAUAGUUCACUCAAUUGUUUUCUCACCCUCAUUUUUUUCUCACAGAACAUUAAAAAAAAUCUUAAAGAGCCAUUGCAUAUAUUUUAGACAAAAAGCACAAUUAAAGUCCUCCAAAAACUAUUGGUGCAUUUCAAAAGAAAAAGCUAAAAGCAUAUGGGUUUUUAUGACAUGACGGUGAAUAAAUAAUUACAAAAUUUGAAUUCUUGGUUGAACUGAUCCUUUAAAGGGAUUGCUGACCUAAAGAUGAAAAUUCUGUCAUCAUUUACUCACCCUCAUGUCUUUUUAAACCUGUAUGCAUUUCUUUCUUCUGCUCAACACAAAAGAAGAUAUUUUGACGAAUGUUAAUAACCAAACAGUUUCGGUUCCCAUUGACUUCCAUUGUUUUUUGUGUACACAGUAAAAGUCAGUGGGAACUGAAAACAUUUAUUUAACAACAUUCUGCAAAAUAGAGUUGUCAAAAAUAUCGACAUCGGUACUGAAAUUUAAAAAAUGUGACGUUUUGAGCGCUGUUGAGCAGAUUCGUAAACACCUCUGAUUGGCCAUUGUGUUCACGUGCUCAUCAGAUAGGUCUGUGAUUGGCUACAAUGAUCAAUGCACGGGAGCGUUUGAAUUUAAAAGCGUUUUGAAAGCGGGAGCAUUUGAAUGCAGGCAGCUGAUAGAUGUGUGUAUCUGUGUAAUUGCUCGGUGAAGAGCAUCAUUGAUGUCUAUUUACAACAGUUUUUGAAGUUUUGUUCAUUGUAGCCAAUCACAGACAUAUCUGUUGAGCACAUGAACACAAUGGCCAAUCAGAGGUGUUUAUGAAUCCACCCAACAGUGCUAAAAGCAUCACAUUUUUACAAUUUCAGUUCCGAAGUCGGUACUUUUACUCUACUUCAAAAUAUGUUUGGAAUGACAUGUGUUGAGUAAAUGAUGAUAGAACUUUCAUUUUUGGGUGUACUAUCUCUUUAAGAGCAGGGAAAUUCUUCGGCAGAUGCUUUAGGCUAUCAGGAAUUACAUUCAUCAGGCAUUUUUGAUUUGGGUAAACUGUCUAAAUACGAUCAGUAUUGUACAGAUUUUGAUUUCUGUGGUUCAUGAGGUAUAAUGUUGUAUGGUGUAAACAGGAUAACUCACUCCUACACUGAGCCAAACUGCCUGACAAAUAAUAGAGGCCUUCGAUAAUAAUGGCAAGCCAAUAUUAUUUUGUCAGAUACGGGUACUCAAAUAAAACCACUUCUACUCACAGCGUAGUUCUGCUCUAGGAUGUUUUUCCAUACUUUCACACAGAGCUAGAAGACAUAUAUCCAUUAUAUUACUGUGAGAAUAUGGUGAUUUGAUUUUUUUUGACACGUACACAUACAUCUCCUCUGUUUUCUAAAUGGCCAGUGCCUGUGCUGAAACAAAACCAGCUAAAUUAAUGUGCUUCUUGUUGUCUGUUAAGUUGGGGGACAUAAUAUCUUUGGAUCUGUGAGAUUUGGCUACUGAAGUUUUGCAGCAUAUUUUAUUAUAUUGCAUUCUACUCGAGCAUUGAGAAAUUUCUGUUUGUAUUUCAUAAAGGAAACAAAAUAAGCUUUUUUCUUAUAACAUAUAUAGUCAAAAUAUCACAGUCUGAGAAUGUCUGUUUCAAAAUCAUAUGUUUGCUGCUGAACAUUGUGCAGAAAAUCUAACAUGUUAAUUUGUAGAAGCAUAACGGAUAUUAGUGUGUUUUAUAUACAUUAUAUUUUAUGCUAUCAUACCAAAUGUUGCAAGUAUAACUUCAUUACUUUCUUUCUAGAUAUAUACAGGAGAAUAAACGUUGUGUAGAAAUGAGA